GAGAGAGGAGGAAAGAGGGGAGGAAGUAAGAGAGAGAGGAAAGGGGAGAGAGAGAGAAAAGAGAGGAAAGGGGAGAGAGAGCGAGAGGGAGGAAAGAGGGGAGGGAGUUAGAGAGAAUGGGAGUGACAGAGCGAGAGAGGGAGAGAGGGAGGUUGUGCUCACAGGGUUCAGUCCUAGGCUCACAGCAGCAGACAGAGCUCCUUUCACUUCACACCAAAACUACUUUUUACACAGAUUUUCAACCUUUUUUUUUUUUGUUUUUAGGUCGAGCCACAUUUGACAUUUUCGUCUUUUCAUGGACUACUUUCAAAUCAUCAGCUUCAAACAUCAACUUUCGGGUUUGUACUGCCAACUCUAAACUCUGUACAGCUACACGAAACGGUUUUAUGAAAUUUUGUUUUUCACUUGUAACAUUUUUGGCAUUUUUGUACAAGGACAUUCUGAAGUUGUGUUUUAUUUGCUUAUGAACCAACAUUUCUUUAUUUAUUUUUUUAUUUUAAAGAGAAACUUUUGUUAAUUUUGAAAACAAAUUAUUUAGUUUAGCUUUUUUUAAAUUUUUAUUUUACUCUUGUUUACCUUUUUCAUAGUAUAGAGUAGUAGUAUUUUUUUAUUUUUUUAUUUUUUUUAUUUCAUUCAGUUAAUUUCAGUUUCUAGGCCAUUUCACUUUCAUUUAUUUUUACUGUUUAUUCCAAAGUCAUUUUAAUUAAUUUUAAAAAGUCAUUAUUUUUUGCCAUUUUAUUUAAAAUUAAGAAUUUAAGUAUUUUCAAUAUUAUUUUCAGUAGUAGUUUUGGUAGUGUUUUUUGGCAGUAGUUUUUGAUAGUGUUUUUCAAUAGUAUUUUUUGGUAGUAUUAUUUGGCAGUAGUAUUAGUACAAUGGCGGAGUCCAAGUCCUCUGGUACAUGUCAGAAGUUGGCACUGUCUCUGCUGGCCCUGUGGUUCAUCGGCUCCCUGAUCACCAUCGUCGUGUGGGCCACAGCGCCGGACUUUAAAAGUGCCGCACAGUGCCGCGCUGAACUCCGCGACCUCACUGUACAGCACGAGGGGUCAAAGGUCGUGUGCCAGAAGAACCAGGAGGCGCUGGAGCAGAUGGUGACCCAGGCACGUGAAGAGCAGGAGCGGCUGACGAUUCAAAUCCUGGAGCUCAACGACAAGCUCAAUGCGACCAACCACACACUAGAGCAGAGCAGGAUGGAAAAUCUCAUCCUGAUGACGAACAUCAGUGCUCUGCAGGAGACUGUGGAAACACUGGAGCAGAUACAGGCCAACCUCACUACUCAGCUGGACCUCAAGGACGACCACAUUGAAGCUCUGGAGCUGAACCUGACUCAGGCCGAACAUCAGACUCAGUCAUGCUUCAGUCUGAAGGAUGCAGCAGAGGCCCAGACCAAAGCAGCCGAGAGCCAGACAAGAGCCUGUCAGUCCAACCAGAACUAUCUACAGAAACAACUUCAAAAGUGUAAAGAGUCGAAUGCCGCGCAGCAGACCACUGCUCAGAAGACCUCCGCUGAUUCCCCGGAAUCUGGUGCUAAAGGGUCUGGACCGACUGGGAUCCUGGUUUUGGCUCUGCUCCUGCCUGCUACAGCCCACCUCCUCACCUAAUUUGAGAGCUGCGUCUGGGAUAAAGAGGCUGGACUCACGACUGCUGUACACUUCUUGUUUACGCUCUCAUCGCCAUGGAAACGUUGCAUCCCUGGCCUCUGAUUGGCCAAAAACACUUAGCAUACGACUGGCUGAACACUUCCUUGACUAUCUGCUGAUAUAAUGCAUUUGUAUUAUAGACUUCACAAAAUAGCUUCUGCUGCAGCUCUUUACAACUCACAUUUAAUCAUGUUUUUUAUGUAUAAUUUUGUUUUAUUAAAUUGCUUUUUUUACAUUUUAAAAUUAAGCAGAUUUAUUUCUUCUUAUUUUGAGCUAAAUGAUCUUGAAAAUCAUAAAUACUAUUCAAAAAUGGUUCUUGUCAUAUGAGUAAAUAAAUGAAAACUCAAAAAAAAAAUAAAAUAAAUAAAAAAUAAUCUCUAAAAAUAUCAAAAUUAAGUUUCAUAAUUUUACAGUUUACUAUUUUUACAGAAAUAAAGGCCUAUAAAACAAUUUCACAAUAAACAAAAAUAUCAUAAUUAAAUAAAUUAAAUUAAAAACGAUUUAAACAGAAAAAACUGACAAUAUAUUGCUUUCAUUUUUAUUUUUAUUAUUAUUUUGUUUUAUUGCAUUCCUGACUAUUCUCUAAAAGUCAAAUAUCUGUUCAUAAUGUUGUUUAUUGAAGAAAUUAUCACGUCUUUGCUGGAGCUCUGUCAUUAAAAAACAAGGAUAUAUUUUUGUUAUUUAGAUUUUUUGAAAUGAUUUUUUUAAUUUUGUGUUGAUAAAGUGACUCUGUGGUAAAGGUGAAUGC